AUGGCCGUGGUGGUGGUGGAGCUGGACUGUGCUCCACCUACAAGAGUUGAUCCGCCAGAUCCACCAGAUCUUGACCCGCCUGACUUUCGUCGAUCUCUGCUUCCGGAUCUAGUCGUCUUACCACAAUCUUUGGAUCUAUCCUCUGCUCCACGGUUUGAACCCUCUUUCCCAUCCGCCAAAGCUUCAAGAAAGUGUUUUACUCUCUCAGCCUAUGCCGAGUUUGCUUCCGCCGGCCAGGUUAUCGUCGGAAGCGCCAACCGUCAUCCCUUCUCCUCCAUUGUGUCACCCGUUCGUCUCGCCGGAAAACCUCUUCCGCUCCUCAACCAUCAUGCGUCCCCAACCGUCAUGCAUCCCCAAUCGUUCAUUCAAAACUUCCAAUUUUUGGGUCUUACAUGCCCAUUAAUCUUCAGAUAA